CCCCGCGAGCGCUGGGCCCGACUCGGCGGCCGGGCGCGGCUGGGGCUGGGGUCCCGCGGUGGCCGGGUUCAGCGGCUGCGCGCCAGGUCCCGGGUUCCUACAACGCGCAGGCGCGGCCCGCAGGGCUGGGGCGGGACACCCGGGACCGCGCCUACCUAGAGAAUUGGUACUUCAAAUAAAACCUGAUGCGACCCCUCCAGAUCGUCUCCAGCCGGUUAAUUUCCCAGCUGUGUUAUGGAUUGAGGUCUCCAGCUUCCCCUCAAAGCAAGAUUUGCCUAACAAUGGCUCGUCCAAGUUCAAAUAUGGCCGAUUUUAGGACCUGUUUCGCCAAAGCGAAGCACAUCGUCGUCAUCUCGGGGGCUGGCGUUAGUGCUGAAAGCGGGGUGCCAACAUUCCGAGGAGCGGGAGGCUACUGGAGGACGUGGCAAGCCCAGGACCUGGCCACUCCCCAGGCCUUUGCCCGCAACCCGUCGCAGGUGUGGGAGUUCUACCACUACCGCAGGGAGGUCAUGCUGACCAAGGAGCCCAACCCCGCACACCGGGCCAUCGCCGAGUGUGAGGCGCGGCUGCAGGGUCAGGGCCGGCGGGUCAUGGUCAUCACCCAGAACAUCGACGAGCUGCACCGCAGGGCUGGCACCAGGAACCUUCUAGAAAUCCACGGUACCUUAUUUAAAACUCGAUGUACCUCUUGUGGAGCCGUGGCUGAGAAUUAUAAGAGUCCAAUUUGUCCAGCUUUAUUGGGAAAAGGUGCUCCAGAGCCUGGAACCGAAGAUGCCAGAAUUCCAGUUGAGAAACUUCCCCGGUGUGAAGAGGCAGGGUGCGGCGGCCUGCUGCGGCCCCACGUGGUGUGGUUUGGAGAAAACCUGGACCCUGCCAUUCUGGAGGAGGUUGACAGAGAGCUGGCAUUCUGUGACUUAUGCCUGGUGGUGGGGACUUCCUCCGUGGUCUACCCCGCAGCCAUGUUUGCCCCCCAGGUGGCUGCCAGGGGCGUGCCGGUGGCCGAGUUCAACAUGGAAAGCACCCCAGCAACAGACAGAUUCAGGUUUCAUUUCCAGGGACCCUGUGGAACAACUCUUCCUGAAGCCCUUGCUCCUCAUGAAACUGAAACUAUUUCCUAAGUGCCCUGGGGAAGGAAGGAAUGACAGUGUAUCAAGAACUAGGCCAUGAAGAAGAGAAACAGUUUUGUGGAUGGUGAGCUGAAUAUUGGAAAUCUAAAAAUAUCCUUGCCUGCACUGGUUGGAAUUCACCCUGUUAAGUGACUUGGCUUCAGAGAAGAGCAAACAUGUAAGGAAGAAGUCAGAGAACUGCAAUGUUCACGCACGUUACUUGGUUUUAACGAACUCUAAGUGUCUUAUUUUUGAUGUUUGGUUGUGUUUGGGAGAGGAAAGUUUUGUAGUUAGAUUAUCUAUAAAAAGGUAAUUAUCUUGAUUGUAUUUUUGCUCUAUGGGCAAAGAUAGAAACAGAGGGGUAAAAUCCUGGUACUUAAUUCUGAUUUUUACACAAGUUUUGGUGGAAAAUGAAAUCACUCACUACAGUAGUUAAUUUAUUAUAUAAAGAUGUUACCCCAAAAGAUCUUUGUUGGGGGCUUUUUCUUUUCAGUGUUUGUUGGUUGCCUUACCUCAAAGAACAGGAUAUUAGGAUAACCACCGCUGCCUAAAAUUUAGCUUGGGUUAUCUUGGCAGCAAGCACAGGGAAGACUAGACUAGAGAGGUAAAGCUACUCUGUCCUCAAUCCCCACAAGCUAGUGGACACUCAGGUCCCUUGGCUUGCCUGAGGAUGGGCUGUGAGGAGGCCUGAGUUCAAGUUUUGCAUGUCAUACAUAAUACCAUCACUUGAAUUUAGGUGGGCUCCGCCCAAGUGAUUACAAACCUCUGCCACAUCACCUCAGCCCCUUGCAGAAUUAAUGUUAUGCCCUUGGGUUUACAGUAACAGGUGACAAGCCACUGCAUCUGAAUGUCUUCGUACUUAAUAAAUCCCAAAGGUCCUUUGUGUGGAAAGAGGGAUGUUCACGGCCUACAGGAGUCUGGAGAACGAGUCUGGAGAACCAGCCAAGCAACCUGAGGAGUCCCAGUUCCCACUUUAGCUGGAUGGGUCAGGGGCUGUACACUGAGUAUGCAAUUUUUGUACAUGUGGUACCAUCAUGCACUUGGUAGGUUUGUUGCUGGGCUCCUCCAGGUUAACUUUAUGCAUUUUCCGAGUGCUAGCAAUGGUGGAAGUCAACACACUCAGGAAGUCUAAAUGUUUUUGAUUUGUAGUUUCUAUCUAACAAAAGACCAGAGAUUUUAGAUCUUUUUUU